AUGGCGUCUGGACGCAAAGAUUUUCUCAGCCAGCAGGCACCUGAGAAUUAUGUGGCCGGUCUGGGUCGUGGUGCGACGGGUUUCACUACACGAUCCGAUCUAGGACCCGCGCGCGAAGGUCCCACGCCGGAACAGAUUCAAGCGGCGCUCACAAAACGAGCUGCGCUUCUCGGCGCUGCAGCUCCUACAGCAUACGGCGAAAAGUCCCGCGAAAAAGGUGGCAAAGAGGAAAAGGAAGAGGAGGAUGAUGAGCGGUUUCAAGACCCCGAUAAUGAGGUCGGUCUGUUUGCGUACGGCCAAUUCGACCAGGAAGACGAUGAGGCCGAUCGCAUCUACCAGGAGGUUGAUGAAAAGAUGGAUCGUCGUCGCAAAGCUCGCAGGGAAGCUCGCGAGAAACAAGAACGUGAAGAAUACGAGCGGAAGAAUCCGAAGAUCCAGCAACAAUUUGCCGAUCUGAAGAGAUCACUUGCAGCCGUCUCAGAAGAGGACUGGGCCAACCUCCCAGAAGUUGGUGAUCUCACAGGCAAGAACCGACGUGCCAAGCAAAACCUCCGUCAGCGAUUCUACGCCGUUCCCGAUAGUGUCAUUGCAAGCGCCCGAGAUUCCGCUCAAUUCGACACAACGAUCGCCGAAGAUGGAGCUCCUGAUGGAGGGGAAAGUGCCGACGGAACGAUGACGAACUUUGCAGACAUUGGUGCCGCUCGUGAUAAGGUCCUCAAGGUGCGAUUGGAUCAGGCUGCGCAGGGCUCUUCAGCCACCGUGGCUUCAUCAGGCAGUGCGACUAGCAUCGAUCCCAAGGGCUACCUCACUAGUUUGACGCAGACGGAGAUGAAAGCUGGCGAGGUCGAAGUCGGGGACAUCAAGCGAGUGCGGCCUCUGCUCGAAUCAGUUACUAAAACCAACCCCAAGCAUGCGCCUGGAUGGAUCGCUCUUUCACGUUUGGAGGAGCUUGCUGGCCGGAUUGUUGCGGCCCGGAACGCUGCAGCCAAGGGCUGUGAGCUUUGCCCGAAGAGCGAGGACUUGUGGCUGGAGAACAUUCGACUCAACGAAGGGCACAAUGCGAAGGUCAUUGCAGCGAACGCGAUCAAGAACAAUGACCACUCCACCCGGCUGUGGAUCGAGGCUAUGAAGUUGGAGACCGAUACUCGCGCGAAGAAGAAUGUGUUGCGACAGGCUAUCUUGCAUAUCCCACAAUCAGUGCAGAUCUGGAAAGAAGCUGUCAAUCUGGAAGACGAUCCCGCCGAUGCUCGUCUACUGCUGGCUAAAGCAGUCGAAAUGAUUCCCCUCUCUGUGGAGCUGUGGCUCGCUCUGGCACGCCUGGAGACGCCGGAGAAUGCCCAGAAGGUUCUUAACGCAGCGCGGAAAGCAGUGCCCACCAGUCAUGAAAUUUGGAUUGCCGCUGCUCGCUUGCAGGAGCAGAUGGGCACUUUUGAGAAGGUCAAUGUUAUGAAACGUGCGGUGCAGUCUCUUGCCAAGGAAAAUGCUAUGCUGAAGCGAGAGGAGUGGAUCGCGGAAGCGGAGCGUUGCGAGGAAGAGGGUGCCAUUCUCACAUGUGGUGCCAUCAUUCGUGAGACGCUGGGGUGGGGUUUGGACGAGGACGACGAUCGAAAAGAUAUUUGGAUGGAUGACGCCAAAUCCAGUAUUGCUCGAGGCAAGUACGAAACAGCUCGGGCCAUUUACGCAUAUGCACUACGGGUCUUUGUGAAUCGUAGAUCGAUCUGGCUCGCAGCCGCGGACCUUGAGCGCAAUCAUGGUGAUAAGGAGGCACUGUGGCAGGUCCUCGAGAAAGCCGUGGAAGCUUGCCCGCAGAGUGAAGAGCUUUGGCUGCACCUUGCAAAGGAGAAGUGGCAGUCAGGCGAGAUUGACGAUGCCCGACGAGUCCUGGGUCGUGCUUUCAACCAGAAUCCCAACAACGAAGACAUCUGGCUUGCUGCCGUUAAGUUGGAAGCCGAUGCGAAGCAGACCGAUCAAGCACGCGAGCUUCUCUCGACCGCUCGCCGAGAGGCUGGUACCGAUCGUGUCUGGAUCAAAAGUGUCGCUUUUGAGCGGCAGUUGGGCAAUGUGGAUGAGGCCUUGGACCUGGUCAACCAGGGAUUACAACAGUACCCCAAGGCGGACAAGCUCUGGAUGAUGAAGGGCCAAAUCUACGAAUCUCAAAACAAGUUCCCACAAGCCCGUGAGGCCUACGGCACUGGUACACGAGCUUGUCCUAAAUCAGUGCCCCUGUGGCUUCUCGCAUCGCGCCUGGAAGAAAAAGCUGGUGCGGUGGUGCGAGCCCGAUCUGUUCUCGACCGAGCUCGUCUUGCUGUUCCUAAAAGCCCCGAGCUCUGGACCGAAAGUGUCCGUGUCGAGCGACGCGCCAACAAUAUUGCUCAGGCAAAGGUCCUCAUGGCACGAGCAUUGCAAGACGUUCCUGCUUCAGGUCUUCUCUGGAGCGAGAGUAUCUGGCAUCUUGAGCCACGGGCCUCUCGCAAGGCACGCAGCUUGGAGGCCAUCAAGAAAGUUGAGAAUGACCCAAUUCUCUUUAUCACUGUCGCACGUAUCUUCUGGGGCGAGCGCCGGCUAGAGAAAGCCAUGACAUGGUUUGAGAAAGCCAUUGUCGCAGACAGCGACUACGGCGAUGGAUGGGCAUGGUACUACAAGUUCUUGCUGCAGCAUGGCACAGAGGAGAAACGAGCAGAUGUGAUUUCCAAAUGCGUCAUCACUGAGCCUAAGCAUGGCGAGAUAUGGCAGUCUAUCGCAAAAGACCCGCGGAAUGCAUCCAAGUCAACCGAGGAAAUCUUGAAGCUUGUUGCUGAAGCGGUCAACUAA